AUGUGACUUGCUUGUUUGAUUGACGUGCGACGUAUCGCCCCUUCCUACCAAAUACCUAACACGUGGCGACGAUCGGACUCACUUUUCGCUUUAAAAAUGUCUACGGGAGUGUCUUUUGGUGUUCUUUCCACAUUCGACCACUUGUCACAGGAGUGGAACAGCUAUAAAUCGCGAUUAAAUCAAUGGUUUAUUGCGAACGACAUAACCGUUGAAACGGACAAGGCGACAGUCAAGCGGAGGGCGAUUUUGUUAACGUCAUUAAGUGAAUCAACUUUCAAGCUAGCAAGUGAUCUGGCAUUACCCCAUAAGGUAGAAGAAUUGAAUUAUGAGGCAAUUGUGAAGCUCCUAGAUGACCAUUUCACACCCAAAAGAAUUGGAUUUGCCGAAAAAUCAAACUUCUACUCUGCAUCACAGCGUCCAGGGGAAAGUCACACUCAAUGGGCGGCCAGAAUCAGAGGAUUGGCAGCACACUGUGCUUUUAAAAACUUGGAGGAGGCCUUGCUUGAUAAAUUUAUCAUGGGCAUGGCAGCGGGACACGAGCGGGACAAACUGUUCGCGCAGGAUCAGCAGCAGCUAACCCUCGCGAAAGCCAUCGACCUGGCAGAGAGCGUGCGCUGCGCACGCCAGGCCUCGGCGCUGGCAGUGCCGAGCGCAGGCGGCGCCGGCACAGCGGGCCCGGAUGCAGUGUUCAACAUCACCAAGAAGGCAAAGUGUAGUGUGUGCGGUUUUACAAACCAUAGGGCCGAUCAGUGUCGUUUCAAAAAUUACAAAUGCAAAAAGUGUAAUUCUAAAGGUCAUUUGCGUAAAAUGUGUCCUAACGGGGACAAAGUGAAAUACGUUAAUGAAGGUAACGUGGACGACGGAGACGACGUCCUUACAGGCUAAAUAUUAUAAAGGUACUAACAGAGUAGACUUUAAAGAAAAUGAUAAAGUGUGGAUAACUAAGAACAUUAACGUUAAAA